AUGGAGUUCUCAUCGAUACAAUUCGGACACACGGUGGAGGUAGGGGUGCGGGCUGAGAUACAUCAGAUAUUAGGAAUCACAAAUGUAGGCGGGGUCGGCAAUUACCUCGGGAUUCCGGAAAGCAUCGGGGGUGCAAAGACAAAGAUUUUUAGUUUCCUAAUUGAUCGACAACAACAACGAAUAAAUGGCUGGAACUCUAAGUGGUUGUCAAAAGGGGGAAAGGAGGUUCUUAUUAAAUCAGUGGUCUCAGCAAUGCCUACUCAUGUCAUGGCUUGUUUUCGGCUUCCUAAAGAAGUUACUAAUAAACUGUCGAGUGCAGUUUCAAACUUCUGGUGGAGUAAUAAUAGACAGACACGGGGAAUGCACUGGCAGGCCUGGAAAAAACUAUGCAAACACAAAAAUGAUGGGGGUUUGGGAUUUCGUGUUAUUGAGGACUUUAACACGGCUCUACUUGCGAAACAACUCUGGAGAUUAAUCGAUUAUCCAGAUUCUUUGUUUGCAAGAGUGUUCAAAGGACGUUAUUACCGGAACGCAACGCCUUUGGACCCCGUUAGAUCUUACUCUGCUUCUUAUGGAUGGCAAACUUCUUGCCCGAGGCCAGCCACAAGAACUGGGAUGAGUUUUUACCCUCACCUUAAGGUAAGUGAAUUGAUAAAUUCCAGUACAGCAACGUGGAAUCUUCCACUAUUAAACCAAUUAUUUGACAGCGGGGAUGUCGCAAGGAUCAUCGGGAUUCCCACUUCAAACGGGGCCCGACCAGACUCUUUGGGAUGGUUUUUCACGAAGUCAGGAAGGUAUACGGUUAAGUCGGGGUACAUGGUAGCACAACAAUUUUUGGAGGCGGAAACCCCCAUUUUAUUUGGCCCAGAUACCCGGAGGCUUCAGGCUCAGGUAUGGCAAAUACAGUGCACCCAGAAGCUGCAACAUUUCAUUUGGCAAGCUCUGACGGGAUGCAUAGCAGUUGGUGCAAGGUUACGGAGUCGAGGAAUGCAGGUAGACCCACAGUGUAUGCGUUGUGGAAUGGCGCCAGAAACUGUCAACCACACCUUAUUUGAGUGUCCACCGGCACUACAGGUUUGGGCGUUAUCUCCGAUUCCGACGGUACCAGGGAUUUUCCCGACAGGAGGACUGUUUACAAAUAUGACACAUCUGUUCUGGCAUUUGCCAACUGACGAAAGAAUGAAGAUGUAUCCUUGGCUGAUUUGGUAUAUUUGGAAAUCUCGGAAUGACAAGGUCAUGAGCAAUGUGGACUGGGAUCCCAAUGAGAUUAUCAUUAAAGCAGAAGCGGAAUCCAUUGCAUGGAAAAAUGCCCAAGUUAGGCUCCAACCGACCCAGGCCGAUACGCAUGUUGAUGUAACGGUCUCGGGGGAUAUAUGUCAGGUGGAUGGGGCUUGGAAGGAAACAGAUUGUAGACCUGGUCUUGGAUGGUAUUACUUUCAUACAAAUUCUUUGGACAAACUGAUGGGGACAUGUAACCUGAGGCGGGGGAUAUCACCUCUUCAGACGGAGUUGGAAGCUCUUAUUUGGGCUAUGCAGUGUAUGUUAAGGAAUAGCAAAUUAACAAUAGUGUUUCAGACGGAUUGUUCUGAUGUGGUGAAGAUGGUGUCUAAACCAGCGGAAUGGCCGGCGUUCUCACUUUUACUUGAUAAGGUGGAUAGAUGUAAGAGGGGCUUUAGCUCCUUCACCAUCAUGCAUAUACUAAGGAAGGAAAACACGAAGGCGGACAAGUUAGCACAAAGUGCUCGAGCUCUACCUACUGAUGUGUACUAUGUAAACUCUGUUCCACCAGCUUGGAUCCCCGAGUUGUUCUAG